AUGGCUAACGAACUAAACAAUCACAUUAUUCAAGCUAAUGAAGGAGGGACAAUGGAUGAAGGAAAUGAGAUUCUGGGAGAUUUCUUGACUCCUCAAAGACCGGGUGUGAUUGGAGAGACAUCUUCCCCUGCUGAAGAAGAGACUGUUGUAAAUGAAUCAAUUCCAAAGGAAAAUUUAGAAAAGUUACAGGAUAAGGCCAAACUCACAGUCAACCCAUACGAGCCUCAGAUUCCCUUUCCACAGCGGUUGAAGAAGCAAAAAUUGGAGCAACGGUACAAAAAAUUCCUAGAAGUAUUCAAAAAGCUCCAUAUCAACAUCCUACUAGCCGAUACACUAUUCCAGAUGCCUAGCUACGCAAAGUUUCUCAAAGAUAUUAUAUCAAACAAACGCCAGCUGGAGGACCAUGAGACAAUAAUGCUUACGGAGGAAUGUAGUGCCAGAAUCCAGAAAAAGCUCCCACCAAAACUGAAAGAUCCACGGAGUUUUAUUGUUCAUUGCACUAUUGGUGAAGACUAUUUCGAUAAAGUAUUAUGUGAUUUCGGUGCAAGUAUUAAUUUAAUACCCCUGUCUGUUUUUAGGAAACUCGGCUUGGGAAAAGCUAAAACGACUACCAUGACACUUCAGCUGGCGGACAGGUCACCGACAUAUCCCAUAGGGAUAAUUGAAGAUGUGCUUAUCAAGGUUGAAAAGUUCAUAUUCCCAGUGAAUUUUCUUAUCUUAGACAUAGAAGAAGACAAUGAUGUCCCAUUGAUACUUGGCAGACCAUUUUUGACAACAAGGAGAGCGUUAAUUGAUGUUCAAAGGGGGUAG